AUGAAGGUAAUACAAUGUUAAACACAUAUGUGACUAUUUUCAUAUUUGAAUCACGUUCUUAAAGCAUUUUUAACAAUUAGCAUUUCAUUUUAAUUGAAUAAUACCUCUUGAAUAUUGAUAUGAUUACUGAAAAAAGUGCAGUUCAACUGGCUUUUCUGUUCCUUGUUGUUUUCCUUUCAAAUAUCUUGAAUUUACCACAGAGAGAGUAUUAUCAGUGAAGGGAAACAAGUUAGAAUUGCAGAAUUAAUGUAAUUAAACUAACAACAGGUGUGACAUAGAAUGGACUUUGGGGGAUCCAGCAUAUAUUCCACACUCAUCUGUAUGGUAUGGUAAAUGUCUGGUCAAACUUUUCCAUGGCACUCCCCUAAAAUAAAUGCAAAGCUGAUCUCCAGAUUCAUAAUUAUGCUGUUUAAAAUACAAUUUUAAGAAUUUAAGUAUAAACAUUUCUGGAAGAUGAAUUAAUUAUUUGGAUUAAGUUACAAAUAUUUUAAAAGCAUUAUUGUUACUAGAUGCUCAUUUCUGAAGUGGGAAAUAUAAAUAGAAUUUCUGUUGAAUAAUGACUAAAAUGCCAAAUAACUUCAGUUACUGGCCUGCAAUGUCCAAAACUUAGAUGCAAGUUACUUGCCCCCAAACGACAAUAUAUCCAAGCACUGACAUGUGGGUCAUUCUAAACAUUUAGUGCUAGAACACUUUUCUUAUUAAAUUACCAAUGAAUAAACACAUUUUGAACCUGAUUCGUAAGCAUUAAUGCUAAAGAAAACAACAUUUUGAUUGAUUAAUACCCAUACAGCUAGUAUUUGAAUUAAUCAAUGAAAGACAUUGACUUAAAGCUAUGUGUUUAGUGUAGAUGGUGUUAUUUAUUUUUUUUAAAAAAGGAUUUAGCACCUCUGUCCUAAAAUAUAUCUAUGCUACGUAGGUUUUUUUUAGUUAAAAUAAUGGUGUUUAUGUUUAUGAAAGACACUUGGAGGAUAAUUCCUUCAGGAUGCAAUCUAUUUACCAAGGAUUGAACCCCAUUAAUUCAGUGGAACUUACUUCAAAGUAGACAUGGAUAGGAUUCGAUUGUCAGAGAACCUGUUGAUACUUCAGAAAGGCUGCUUCCAGAUGUGGCAGAAGGCCUCAUAACUUGAUUCAAUAAAAACUAGGAUAAUUUAUUAAUAGCCAAAAGAGGAGAAUUUUUUACAUUUGUCAUUAUUGUUCGGGUAAACAUUUAUGAAAUUUUGAGUAAAUAUACUCUACUGUAACACAAAUAAUACAGAGUUUGCAGUAUGCUGGUACUUUUACUUGGAGCAGAUAAGUUUUUAUUCUUGGACAUGAUGUCUUUUUAGAUUCAGUAGCUGGAUUUUCAUUGUUUGUAACACAUCGUUCAUUCAUCAGGAAUUGUAUUAAAUCUGCAUAGUUUCCCUCCCUCCCCCUAUUUGGUUUACGAAAUUUGAGGUGCUGUUAUUUUGAUAGCUCAAAACCCACUUGAAUUUGCUACCAUAUAACUUAGUAUCUGUUUUGCAUAGUUUUUGAACAUUCAAACUGUUUCUUAUCUUUCCCUUAAUGUGCAUUUGGAAGUUGUUGUUUGUCAACAUAAAUGAUUUGUUCUAACUUGCUCCCACACUGCUUAAUCUGAAAGAUGAUGCCAAUUAGCAUAAACCCGUAGAUCCGAUCUUGUGGUGAAGUGUACUGCACAAGCUCGCUUCUAUGGGUCUGUGUCAGUCUGGUGAUCUGACCCAAAUAUAUAUAUAACAAGUCACAACUUGGGUAAAAAAAAGACUGGUUUUUGAGCAACUAUUGUCAAAGAGAAUGGAUGUUCCUUUUUUCAAAUUUAUAUUUUGGUUUUAGCAUUGUCAUCAUCGAACAUAUGAGGGAGAAAUGUUCUAUCUUACUAUUUUUCUGUUUUGUGUUUUUAUCUCUUCAAAGCAGAAUACAUUUAAAUUCACAAUACAUUUCCAGAAAAGAGUAUGGAAAAUGGGCAACAAUUAAAAGCAGUGGCUGUGAUCUGCCAAGGGAGAACUCAAAAGACUAUUUGGCUUUCUGAUUGUCAUCUAUGGAAGUUGAAGUUGCCCAGGAAUAUUGGAUUGACUAUUCCAUAGCUCAGGCAUGUCCAAAGUCCGUUUAAUCUGGCCCCCAUGGCAGUAUAUGUCCUGGGGUAAAAUCCUAAAAACAGCUCAACAACUUAGGGGUAAAACUGUAAAAAAGCUCAACAACUUUGGUCGGCCCUCACGCAUGUUCAUUUCAUCAAAUCUGGCCCUCUUUGAAAAAUGUUUGGGCACCCCUGCCAUAGCUGGUAACAAGAAACCAUGUGUGUACAGGGCUCCAGGUUGUGGCAGUUGGCCUCAACCCUGCAAAUACUUCCAAGUGCUUAAAUCCCAGUAGGAUUUAUAAACUCAGAAAAUAAGGGUCGUUUUGCACAAUAUAGUAAAGAGAUGUUCACAGCAUAUCUCUGUGCGUGUUCCCAGUAAAGUGUGAGAACCAUAAAGUUUGAAUUGUUUGCUCACACGUAAACAAAUACUGAGGGAAGUAAUUGGCUAAUAGACAUGCCACUUAUUCCUUUAAAAAAAAAAGCACAAGGAAAUACCAGGAAUAGCACCUGGAAUCUUCUGCAUGCCAAACAUGUGCUCUAACAGUGUGGUAUGGUUUAGCUAUACCCUCACUAUAAUGGUGUUCACCAUGGGAUACUUGUGGCAAGCACCACUUUUCUCUGUAACGUGAAUGGCCUCAAAAACAUUACUUACAGGGUGAAACAAUUUAAAUGCAUUUGCUUGAUAUGUACUGGGGAAACUCACAUGGAUGUUCAGUAUGCUCUCAUGAUUUGAAAGUGGGUUGCUAAUUCUGUGGAAGCACACACAAUAUCAACAGGACAGAAGCAAACUCCUCAGUGAUCCUUCCAUGUUCGUAUUAAACAUGAUGGAAACUGAUUAAUGGUAAGUGUCUGCCAUAUUUGAAAGAGAUGCAGAAGAUCAGAAGAAGACAUUGGAAGCUGUGUGCAUCCGGGUUGAGGUAGUAGGUUGUAUGGUUUAGAGUUACACCCUGGGAGUUAACUGUACAACCUUCUAGCUUUCCUUGGAGCACACUUGAACCAUCGAGGAAUUCAUCAUCUUUUUAAUCUAAUAAAGUGAACUCUGUGUAGUAAAUGUAUAUGGAGUAAUCACUCUGAAGCUUUAUUGAUGCUCACAUACUCCUUAUUACAUGGUUAUUUCAUUUACAGCGUAUUAGGAACUAUGCUAACAUGUUCUCCUAAUGGACUGUGACUGCACAUCACAGAUAUUUGAGAAAGAAUGAUGGCUACUUUAAUUAUAUCAGCAGCAAAGCUGGAAAAGCUGACUUAAUCGCUACAUACAGAAACUGACAAAUAUUUAUCUCUGCUGUUUUUCCUCUUAAGACUUAUCUGAAAUAGUUUAAAUUUGAUGUAACUAACUCUAGAGCAAUACUUAACAAAAAAUAAUGAUUUAAUAUGAGACUAGAUCAUGUGUAUGUCUGCUUACACAAGUUACAGCUUCUCUGAUGAAUUAGUGUGACAGGUGCCCUUUAGAUAUUCUCACAGAUGUGUCGUAAGCUUUUUUCCACAUGGAUGGGAGUAGGACUGGACAGAUCAGCCAUUGCUGGUCUGCAUUUAUUUUGUAUAUGUUUAUUUAUAUUAAUCUGGGGGGGGGUGUUGUGUUAAAAAAAGCAACAGUGCAAGAAAUGUAAUUAAAAGUGUAUUUUAUCUAUAUGUGUAUGUGUGUCUGUGUGGGUGUGCAGUUUAUCUCAGUGUAUGCAUUUCCAAACACAUCUUCUUAUACAUAUUGAUACAAUUUUAAAAGUCAAGAACUGUGGCAGAAAAUUCUGAGAAGCGUGAAAUCUAAGGGAUAAUUAAGUUCCAAUCCAUGUAUUCACCCUGAAAUUGCAAACUAGGUCAGUUCCUGAAAAAUGUGGACCGAAUGAAAUUUUUUCCCACCCCUAACUGGGAGAUUAUUUAAAUGACUCAACUAUGUGAUCUAUAGUAAUAGUCACAUGGGUUCCCCAAUGCCAGUUCUACGGCAUAUGGGCCGGAGUGAUUAUUCUUUGUCUUUCCUACAAAAUUGGCAUUGAGGAAGCCAUGUGAUCUCCGCUCCUCAGCCCACAUAGUUGCAUAAUUUAAAUUGUCUCUGAAUCACUUGGGUAUUGCUCAAGGGGAUCCCACAUGGCUGGAAGAACAUCUGAACACUGCAAAUUAUUCUUUAGCUAGUCAACAGUCUUGGAGCCAAGCUAAGAUCACCCACAUGAUGUUUCUGUUGUUAGAUUGUACCACUUCCAACUGCAGUUUAAAUCAUUUCUCCUUCUGUAGGGGGGCAUUGCAGGUUUUCUUGAGGGAACCUGAAGUAUUCAAUCCCUCACCUGGAGUCUCAGCUGUCAGAGCCCAGCUAUGGAUGACAUCAUAUGAGACUACUUCUUUUUGUGGAAGUAGCGGCUGGGGACUUGCAGGACAGAAUAACUGAGUGAAUGGGGAUCUGAAUGCUGAAUGUUGUAAUCCUUUGUCCUCACUGGUUUAAGUGAGCAUGUAUUACCUGAUUUUCAAAAAUAUUUUCACAUUGCUGCUUUUCAUGCUGGUCCCUGUUUGAGCUAAAUAUAAAAAGAUAUUGCACAAAUAUAAAAGAUACAAAAAUAGAAAAGGUGACAUCCUGGACUUAAUUUGACCUCUGCUCUUGCUGACUUUUGGCAAAAUUAAACAGAAGAUGGCUCACCAAUCCAAGCUGUAAUAUGUUGCUUUUCUGUUUUGUCUUUUCUAGUCUCUUCAACUAAUGCGAUAACAAAUGUUAAAAUUCCCAUUGUAUCAGCUAAGAAUAGUCCAUACUCCUGAGUUCCUUCACUUCACAAUGUGGUCCUUGUGCAGAUGUUCUAAAUGUGCAGGCUGCAUAAAUGGUGGUGGGUGUGAUCAUGCUCACUGGCCAUACGUCUUUUCUGCACCAAACCAUCAUAUGCUUAAGGACCUGUCUGCAAAGGGGCCUAAGCAUAUACAUACAUGAGCUCCAAAUGCAUGAUCUACACCCUGGGCAUGGACCACAUGUUUGAGUGUACACACAUAUGUCAGGAACGGUAUCAGCAUGGAUGUAGGGCAUGGCAUGGGAUCAGGACCAUUGGGCACAAUCCUGACCUACCUACACACCUAGAAUGUCUGCACAGGGCUCUGCUGUCUUCUAAACUAAAGUUCCCUUGUUGAUUACUUGGCUGUCAUUUAAAGAGUAGGGGAAGCUCUUGUUUCUCAGAGACUCAAGACUUUGCUGAUCAUUUCCCUGCUCAGUUUUUCACUACAUUUUACAACAUUGCCUGGCAUACAGCUGAGAGGAUGCGGAGUCUGUGUUCAAUUUAACCUAAGGUUACCAGAUUUUUUUUUCAAAGAAUCUGGGGACACUUUUUUUUUUGAAAAGAGAAAAAAAGUUAUUUAAAAAGUUAUUUUUUUAAAAAAAUUAAGAAGUAAUAUGUUCCCUUCUGUGGUCUCCUCUGUCACGUGGCCUUCCUCUGGGCCCCGACCUGCUCUCUUGGAGCGCUAGCUGCCAUGGAGUAGGUUCGGGUCGAGCCUGGGCUCAGGCACAUGUCCUUGCCCUCCCGGUGCUCUCCUACCUCUCCUCAGCGGUGCGUCAAGGUCAGGGCUCCCCUCUUUUUUCUCCUUCCUCUUCCUUCUCCUUCUCCUCUUCUCCUCCCUGCAUCAGCUUCGGGGGUUUUACUGGCCCCAGAGUGCUGCUGGGUGGGUGGUUGGGCACAUUCACUCCCAGCUCGAUUUGGGUCGCGGUGUGUGUGUGUGUGAGCGGUUCUCCCAGUUGGUGCACCGGGCAUCCCCGGUUCCCCCGCGACAGUGGCAGUGGCAGUCUCAACAGCCUGAAGCCAGCCUAGUAGCGCAGUUGGCUCUGGCUGGCUUCAGGAGCUGCUUGCUGCCAUGGCGCCCACCAUUUUGCCUCGCCGGAAGUCCCCAUAUGAUGUGUCUUGUGCCGUUGAACCAAUCACGCAACGUUCAUUCCCUACUUUUUGUCCGGGGACAGAUUUGUAAAUCUGGGGACUGUCCCCGGGAAAUGGGGACGUCUGGUAACCAUAAUUUAACCACCAACCCAAUACGUUCUCAUUCUCUUUUCAUUUUUUUCCACAUGCUUCCUAAGAUCCAUUUCAAAUAUUUAGAGAAUUAUAUGGUGAGAGUUUUCCCAUGAAUGUAGCUGUGUGGGGCGGUGUGUGUGUGUUGAUGCUUGAAUGCUUCUGUGCCUCAAAACUUCCCUGCAUAUGGAAAACUAGCACAUGAAGGAGAAAAGUGGUCAGUGAUUUUUGUUCCUGACAUGCCUGCUUUUCACAUGCAUAGGUUUUGAUUUGUUUUCACAACUGAGAAGUGAGCUUCCGCAAUGGAAUUUAUUGUGAAAUUGCCCCUUUUCAUUUGCUCACAUCUACAUGACAUCAUUAGCAAAAGGUCUUUCCCCCAUCUUUUCCCUUUCCUUUCCUUUCCUUUCUUUUUUAGAGUUUAAGAGCCAACUUAAAACAAAAACAAACCAUGGAACAACUACACAGAUGAAGAUACUACUUACAGUAUACUACAGCUUAGCUGCCCCAUAGCUUUUUGUGUGAAGGUUGUGCUGAAUAGCAAUAGCUGAAUGGCUUAUAUAUGAUGUUCUAGCCAUUUCCAGACACUAUUGUACUGUUUCUCUUAUAGGAAUUGAUUCCUUUUCUUAAACUGUCCCCAUUUGAGUAUGAUUGUCUUUCUUUACAUCUUUUUAAGACAGUCAUGGGGGAGGGGUGGUCAGGAUUUGAUCUACAGGAUUGUCCUGAUUAAAAAUCAUCCCACUUUCAUGGCUGGGAAAGAAGGUCUGACAAUUCAGCUGUAGGUGUGGAAGCAGCUUGAAGCAGAAAAGCAAUGAACCACUCAAGUCUGGAAGCACCUAACUGUGGCUUCUUCUAAAUUGCCCUAUAAUAUGUAUGAGUCCCUAGAAUGUGCAUUCUCUUCCACAUUAGCAACAAUGACACAUGCCACAUAAGUCUAUAAGCAGGUGUGAGAUUAUUUUUAAUAUAUGUAUUGUGUGCCUAAGCUCCAUGAGCCUGCCAUGUGAAUCAACAACCACUCGUGACAAUUUUUUUAAAAUUUAAAUUCAAAAAUUUCCAGCGACCAGGAAAGGCUGCUGCUGGCAAACCAGGGGGCCACCAUGCCUAGGUACCAUGGAAGGUAAGCAGAAUGGUCAGAAAAUUUUAUUAGACAUGAGAUCCUCUGCCUACAUCCCCAAAUCAUACAUUCCUAGGAAGACUCUAUUGCAGGCUUCCUCAACCUCAGCCCUCCAGAUGUUUUUGGCCUACAACUCCCAUGAUCCCUAGCUAGCUGGUCAGGGAUGAUGGGAAUUGUAGUCUCAAAACAUCUGGAGGACUGAGGUUGAGGAAGCCUGCUCUAUUGUGUUUUCUUGAAAGUUUGAAGUUGCUCUUUGAUGCUGCCUGGAUUGCUGUAAACUUGAUAUUCUCAAUAUUGUCUGUAUUGUACAUGCUCAAACAUGUUUGCUAGUGAGCAGUGAUGGCACUAAGCAAUGUGAAUUUAUACAAAUCAGCAUUCACUUACCCAUAGGCUAAUCUAGAAUCCAUGGACCAAUGUUCUCAUUUGAAGAAGGCUUCAGCAAAGCUGUUUACAUGCCCCUAUGAUAUUCUUCUUUUCAAGCUGCAAAAUGUAGGCUAGACAGUGCUACUGUUAGGUAGGUUAUAGUUGCCUGAUAGACAGUACACAAAUGCUUAUCGAUAGCCUGGAGAAAAGUGACAAGUGGAGUGCUGCGGGGUUCUGCCCUUGGCUUAGGAUUGUUCAACAUCUGUUCAAAGGAGUUAGAUGAAAGGGUAGAGUGGGUGUUCCUAAAAUUCAAAGAUGACAGCAAAUAGUGUGGGCUAGCUAAUACCCUAGAAGAAUUAAGUACCAUGUUCUGGGCGAUGCAGUUUAAGAAGGAUACUGAUAAAUUGAAAUGUCUCCAGAAGAGGGCAACAAAUAUCGUGAGCAGCUGGGAAGCAAAGGCCAUUGAGGGAAAAUGGAAGAAGUUGGGAUAUGUUUAGCCUGGAGAAAUGUUGGUUAAGCGGCAAUAUGGUAUUUAGAUAUUUUAGAAGUUUGUGGAAAUCUGUUUUCUGUUGUUCUAACAUUAGAAAGAAUUUCCUGAUGGUAUAAGCUGCUCAACUGUGGAACAGACUACCCAGAAGGUGUGGGCUUCUCAUUCAUUAGACAGGUGCUUGGAUGGUCACAUAUCAGGGUUGCUAUAGUAGUGUGUUUUGGCAUCAGCAAGAGAUUGAAGUAGAUGACAUUUCAGGUAUCUCCCAAUUCUGAUAUUCUAAUCUUAUGUUGGAAGCUCACUUACAAAUGCAUUUGAAUAAGAAACCCAAAAUGCAUUUCUAAAAGUAUUCAGAAGCAUAGAAUGAAGUGAUCCAUCUAGUUCACCAGUUCAAACUUCACUUCUUUCAAGAUAGCUGCAGUCCUGUGAACUGAGUUAUUUGAUCAAGAGUUAGUUCCCAUUAAAACUCAAGUCUAUGCAGUUUGCUUUGAAUUCCCCUCUCUCCUUGCAUUCAUAAAUGCUGCUAUUUGGUUAAAAGUCUUGGGUGAAUUUUGCUAGCGUGGCUUAGUUACCAUUGACUGCUUGCUCUAGUGACACAGAUCAGUCAUAAACACUUUUAGAAUAGCUACAUAAAAUGUUUUUAUAUAAUCACUGGAACAGUGCAAAGCAGCUGGGGCACACUAUUGAGCAUGGUUCUCUGUUGUUUCAGUAUAAGUGUGUUUACAGCCCCUUUUGUUAUAUAAAUAGAAUGAUGUAUCAUCUUUAAAGGAGUGCAGUCCAGUCUAGCACAUAUCCACAAUUUACCCUCUUUAAAAGCUAGGGGAUAUAUUGUCUGUUUCAGUUUUAUGUUUAAGGCAGGGCAGGCAUAAGGAAUAUGUGGUCCUCCAGAUGUUGCUGGACUACAACUCCCAUCAUCCAUUACUCUUGAUCAUGCAGGUUGGGGCUGAUGAGAGUUGAAAUCCAGUAACACCCAGGGGGUCAUAGAUUCCCCAUCUCUAGUUUAAUGUAUUUUCAAGGGCAGGUUAUUAUCUGAUGAUACUUUUAUCUGUGGCCAAACAAUCCCAGGAUUGCCUGAAUCUAUGGAACAGCUCUAACUGCUGCAGUAUAAGGCAAGGCAAGACUUGUUUUAUGACACCAAAGAACAUUUUGAAAAAGGAAAGGUAAGUGGAAUAGAGGUAUCGGGGUGUUAGAAUGCUGAAACAGUAGAGUGGGCUGUACCAGUAUUAACCACCAGCGAUGGGAUGCCAUUUUCCAAUUUCCCCUUAUGUGAUAAAGUCCCUGCAGUUGAAAACAAGCAGAAUAGGCUAAGGGCCAGACUUCAGUCUUUCUCUCUAACUUACUCGCAUUAUCUCCACUCUUCUGUUUUCAGGGAGUUUUGGAUGUGUGGGGAUAUUCAAAGUGGUAUCCAUAUUUUGUCACCUCAUUCUGCUUCAGGAUUGUAAUGCCAAGUGCAUUAUUUUAAGAUGUUUUGGAUGCCAGUAUUUAGUUUAUAUAGUUUGACAGGAAAUAUAUCUGAACAGUGAAUGUGUUCAAACAUAAGCUGCUUUGGCUUUUUUUUUUUUUUUUUUUAAGAGCACAAAACUUCAUGUAAAAAUAAAGUUCAGUCAACAGGUGUCAUGUUAUGGCUGAGUGACAACUGUAGUAAGUUCCACAUAGUUCACUGUAUUUUGAAAAAAUGCAUAUUUUAUCACAAUAUGCAUACCUAAAUGACAUUUUAUCUCAAUGUACAUACAGUGGUACCUCGGGUUACAUACGCUUCAGGUUACAGACUCCACUAACCCAGAAAUAGUACCUCGGGUUAAGAACUUUGCUUCAGGAUGAGAACAGAAAUCGUGCGGCGGCAGCGGGAGGCCCAUUAGCUAAAGUGGUGCUUCAGGUUAAGAACAGUUUCAGGUUAAGAACGGACCUCCGGAACGAAUUAAAUAUGUAACCAGAGGUACCACUGUAUUUCUAAACGUAAUUUAUCCUAAAAUAUGCAUUCUUAAAUGUUGACCUGAAAACUGUAUUGUAAAAUAGUGUGAAAUCUGAUGGAUAAUUAUGUUUGGAUCCAAACAUUAGUCCAAGAGAUGCAGUUCAAGUCAGUUCCCACUGGAGUUAACAUAAAUCAAAUUCCUCAAGCACCCCCACUCAACAGAGCACAGUUUCUCCUUCCUUACCCAGCACUAGGAAUGAUAGGCAAUGAUGGGAGUGGGAGGUUUGUGUAUGCUUCCCAUAUGUCUUCCCAGGCCACUCUCCCUCUCUGUGCAAUGCAAGCUACUCAUGCUUGCCCCAAACAGAGAAGGUCUGGGCUGGGAUUUGGGAGGGCCACACAAACUUUCCAUUAUCCAUCAUGGCCUGUUAUAUUGCCCGCAUGUGCACCUGGGGGCAGAGAGACUCUGUUGAACCAAUGAGAAUUACUCAGGCACAGGCACCGCCCCCACACCUAUAUACCUUAUUGGGACUUGGACCAAAACAUUGAUGAAACAGGCCAUCUGUGUAAGAUAGUGGUCAUCUUAUUGUCAAAUUUGUGCCAUUCAUCACGGCAGAGAGAAAUUUGAGAGGGUUAUUCCCCCAUUCACCCUCUAUCGAUAAUACUGUACAGUGUUUGCCAAAACCUUUAUACAGUGGUACCUCGGGUUAAGAACUUAAUUCGUUCCGGAGGUCCGUUCUUAACCUGAAACUGUUCUUAACCUGAAGCACCACUUUAGCUAAUGGGGCCUCUUGCUGCCACUGCGCCGCCGCUACACAAUUUCUGUUCUCAUCCUGAAACAAAGUUCUUAACCAGAGGUACUAUUUCUGGGUUAGCGGAGUCUGUAACCUGAAGCAUAUGUAACCUGAAGCGUAUGUAACCCGAGGUACCACUGUAUUGCCUGAGGUGCCUUUGGUUAGAGAGUAUGAUUUAUAAAUUUAUGGUUUUUUGUGGGGAUGAUAUGAAUAAGUUGCACUUUCUAAAAAUAUAAUGUUUAUAUACUAUAUUUUCCCAUACAAUUAACUUAAUUAAGUCCUGUCUUUCCUUAAUAUUUAUAUCCAAGAAGUCUCCUUUUAGCAGGGAGUUUUAUAGUAGUGGGUGGCUUUGUAUUUCAGCUACAUUUUAUAACAAAUUAUUUAAUUUUCAUUUAUGAGGAAGCAUAUGUUUUCUUUUAUUAUAUUUUCUACUGUUUCUGUUACCAUAGCUACAACUAAAAUACAAAUUAGGUUUCUGAAGAAAAUGAGGCAACAAUUUUUUAAAAAGAAACAAAUAUUUUACAGAAUAAUAUAGAAAAUAAAUGCCUGGUGGGGGGAAUAUGACUGUAGCUCUUCUUAUAAACUAAAGUAUAGAAAAACCUAUGUCCUGCUCAACCUGGGUGGUCAAAAUUAUCAAUUUGCAGUUGCCUUUGAUUAUACAAGAAAGUGAUUUGGUUAAGUGCCAUAUUUGACUGCAGUCAGCUUUUUGAUUGUCUUUGGCUUGUGUGCCAAUUACAAGACGACGUGGCAACCAUCCAAAGGAUCGCCAAAGAGUGAUUGAAAUAUACAUGUUGUUUUGUUGUUGCUGCUACUAUUUAAAGCCUGUAGUUGCACUGUUCUCUUUUUGACAGCAGUAGAGAAUCGUAUAUGGUGGGGCUGGAACUGUUCACAAAAAAGCCGGCCAAACGCAAUAGUUUUGGAGUAGAAUAGGAAAAGUAUGAAAGGCUGAAAGGGGAGAUGUGGUACAGAUGGAGCAGAGAUGUGAAGAACUUUCAAAAACAAAGAGUUUGAAGUGGAAUGCCUCAGAGAAGCAUUGUAAGGAAUACAAUGAAGAAAGGUGUUUGUAAUAGAGACUAGAGGUGACCACUCCACAAAGACAGAAAAGAGGCUUGAUGUUUUCCUUGCGAGAAAGGCAAAAGCUGCAGUAUUUGUCCUCCAAUAUGAUGUGGGAAGCAAAUAGAAAGGUAAACAAAUUAAUGCCAAGGCUACACAUUUCUAAUAUUUGGCCUUGGGAGAUGACAACGGCCAGGAUUCAAAGGACUUCUUGGGCUUAUUCAAGCAGCUUGUGCUAGCCUGGUGGAAUUUUUAACAGCAAAUCUGCAUCUCAGAUCCCGAUUACUUUUAAAAUUAUCUCCAAUUUCAACAUUGUACAUUUUAUUACCUUUUUUAAAAAAAACUUCCUUCAGUUUUACACAUCCACAUUACACAUCUGAAGCACAUGGCUCCCCCCUCCAAAAAAUACUGGAAACUAGUUUAUUAAUGGUACAGUACUGGGAAUUGUAGCUCUGUGGGGUAAACUACAAUUCCCUGGAAUCCCUGGAGAAGCAGUGUACUUUAAAUGGAUGGUUUGGAUGUGAGUGGUUCAUGGGGGGCAUUUUGCUAAAGAAAAACUAGCCUAAGACCUUCAGUGAAAGGAGGAAUGAAGGGAAGGAGGGAGGGAGGGAGAGUUUGUGUACAAAUAUAAGGAGCUUUGGUCUUCAUAAUGCUUAACUUUAGAUGAUGGCAGAAAGUUCCAUCAGGAUUUUUUGCAAUGUCAGGAAAUCAGGCAGAGAAACAGUGGUACCUCAGGUUAAGUACUUAAUUUGUUCUGGAGGUCCGUCUGUUCUUAACCUGAAACUGUUCUUAACCUGAAGCACCACUUUAGCUAAUGGGGUCUCCUGCUGCCGCCGCGCCUCCAAAGCACGAUUUCUAUUCUCAUCCUGAAGCAAAGUUCUUAACCUGAAGCACUAUUUCUGGGUUGGCCGAGUCUGUAACCUGAAGUGUAUGCAACCUGAAGCGUAUGUAACCCGAGGUACCACUGUACAGGAUUGACUAGAAAGAGAGACUUCACAUAUAGAUAACUGGAUUUGAGAGUAAUCAAUAAGGAGAUAGCAGACCUGAAAAGAGAUCUUGGUUCUUCAUUCAAAGCACUGUGCAGGAUGCCUGCAUGUAGUUCAGAGCAUUGUGGAAAAGCUCCCACCACUAACAACAAUGGAUAUCCUGAUCUGUGUAUUCUGAGGCAUGGCAUACUUACUCUUAAAGCACAUGACCAUGAAUCAUUGGAACGAUAGUUUACCCCUUGCAGAAUUACUAUUCCCAGCACCUUUAACAAACAACAGUUUCUGGAAUUCUUUAGAAGGACAUUAUAGGCUUUAAAUGUACAAUGCAUUUGCGGCUUGAUUCCAUGCACAAACUUGGUGUGGUGGCAGUUUGUGAGCUGAGUGUGGUGUGUUUUGAGAAGGAAAUAUUUAUUGUUUAGAGCUAUUUCAUUUUUCAAACACUGUCAUUAGAGAUUGUAUGUUAUGGUGAGGAACGUGCCAUUUCCAACUGCAUGAUUGAUAAAUUCUACUUACAGAAUUGGCUUGACCAUAAUUUUUCCCUUCUACCUGUGUAUUUUAAUUGAAUUAUCUGCAUCAAUAAAUCUAGAACUUAGCAUUUUGUAUGUUUUGUUUAUGUUUAUUAACUCAGUUAAUGAAAUCAAAAAAUAACCAGUAUAUGGCUUAUAUUCCAUAGAAUUAAUUCUAAAUCAUUUCAGGUUUUUUCCAUAAACAAAAGUUUUUUUCCAUUAACUUUUUUUCCUCCUUCUCUUUCCCAUAUUGUUCUCUUUCCAUUCACAUCUAUCGCCCAUUGUCCAGAUUUACCCUGAGAUUAACAAAUUAUAUUUUAAAUCCUUUGACUCGGACAAUGCAUGGUUACAUGCAAUAUUGCUGCAACAACAUUAUCAUUCCCAAGCAAUUAUUCCCAAACAGUCAGCACAAUUCUGAUUCUUUGGCUCUUUGAACCAUCGUCUUCAUGUCCCCAACCCCUGAACUGUCCACUCCCUUUCUGCUCAGUAAUCCAUAGAGACCUUCUGUCUCCAGGCCCUAGCAAUCUCACUCUACCCGCCUUUUCUCACUAACCCUUUGUCUCUUGAUAAUAAAGAGUAAUUGAAUACAUGGAAAAACAAGCACUUAUCAAUGAGGUACUUGCUAUAUGGAUAGCUCAGUUAGUAAAUUGUGUUCGCUGAGCCCGUAUUUUAUACAGUCUGUAUAUGAUGUUUGUUUGUUAGUGUAUGGUGUGCUAUGCCUAAUAAAGGAUGAUGAUGAUGAUGAUGAUGAUGAUAGCUCAGUUAGUAGAGCCUGAGACUUAAUCUCAGGGUAGUGGGCUGAAGCCCCAUGUUGUACAAAAAGAUGUCUGCAUUGUAGGGUGUUGGACUAUAUCAGGGAUCAGCAACCCGCGGCUCCGGAGCCGCAUGUGGCUCUUUUACACCUUUGCUGCGGCUCCGGGGCAGAUACUAGCGAGGGGAGGAGGCGCAUUGUGCGCCCCGACACUCCCCACUGUGGCGGGCGCUGUACUGGCUGUGACGUCGCAUGGGGGCGGUGCGUGCGUUAGUCACACACUGUUCCGAUGUCACCUUCCCGCCCACCCGCCCGCUACAUUGUAAGGGGCAUGUACACUGGUCACUGCAUUGAAAGGGGGCAUGUAUGCUGGUCACUGUUUUGAAGGGGAGUGAAGAACACACACACACAAAAAGGUAACUUGUUAAUUUAACGUUUAUUUCUAUGAGGAGGAGUAAUUCUGAGGGGUCAAACAAAGAAAUAAUAAAAAGUGACAAAAAAGUUAUUUUUAUAAUGACGAGUUUUGCGGCUCCCAGUUUUUUUUUCUUCGGAAAUGGGUCCAAGUGGCUCUUUUUGUCUUAAAGGUUGCAGACCCCUAGACUAGAUGAUCCUUGUGGUCUCUUCCAACUCUAUGAUUCUAUUUCUGUAAAGAAGUACAGCAAGCACAUGGUAGGCAAAGUAACCUGCAGUUGUUGACAUAUAAUGUGUAUGAUAUAUAAAUGCUCAUUAUGCCCAAACCAUUCUACAUGGAUGCAAUCAAGUAGUUACUUAAAAAAUGUAAUGAAAAAUAAUAAUUUCAUUCUUACUUUUUAAAAACCAAUACAAUCACUAAAAAUGUUCAUUGAUUUUGAAAUAUAAAAGAGGUAAGGAAGAAUGUUAUGGUGUAGCUGGCUUAACCAGGGUCAGAUUUCUGUGUCUGUGUCAGCCUUCCUGCCCCUUCCAGAUGUUGUUGGACUCCAGCUCCAGUCAGCAUGGCCAAAAGUCAUGGAUGAUGGCAGUUGUAGUCCAAAACAUCUGGAGGGCACCAGGUUGGGGAAGGCUUAAGCACUCAUACGCAUGUGCUCACGAUUCCAUGAGCUUCUCUUCAGACUUUCUCUUCUGCAAUUCCUCGGGUUGUAUUGUAUAGAGUUCCCUGACUUUGGGGGUGUCUACCACUAUUUCUGAUGCCCAUUCUCAUGUCCAUUGUGCACAGUCACUCAGAGGAAAUCACAAGGCAAGAGGACACUUUGUUCUUCUCUUGUCCCUGCUUGCUCGAAGAAACCAGGCGAAGGAGCAGCAACACCACCAAGGAGCACCAGCAGGGCCAGGAGAUUCUCAGGGCCAGCUGCAAUCUCCUUGCAGACCAGCGCCACUGGUCUUUGUUUUUUAAAAAAUGGUCUUUUCAUAUAAGGAAAUAAAUAUAGCUGUGUUAAUACUGAGUAAAAUGAAAGAUGCAAACACAAGCUAGUGGGUAGGACAGUGAGUUAAAGGACUAGAUUUUGUUUUCAAGAAGAAUAAUGGCAUUAAUUACUGUUAACUAGCUAGUAGAUAAGGGACGCAGGUGGCGCUGUGGGUUAAACCAGGUUAGGACUUGCUUAUCAGAAGGUUGGCAGUUCGAAUCCCCGUGACGGGGUGAGCGCCCGUUGCUCGGUCCCAGCUCCUGCCAACCUAGCAGUUCGAAAGCACGUCAAAGUGCAAGUAGAUAAAUAGGUACCAAUCUGGCGGGAAGGUAAACGGCGUUUCCGUGCGCUGCUCUGGUUCGCCAGAAGCGGUUUAGUCAUGCUGGCCACAUGACCUAGAAGCUGUACGCCGGCUCCCUCGGCCAAUAAAGCGAGAUGAGCGCCGCAACCCCAGAGUCGGUCACAACGGGACCCUUUACCUUUACCUAGCUGGUAGAUAAAAGCUAUAUGUUUAGGCUCAAUACAUGUGUCGCUGAUUUAAUCCACCACUCAGAGCUGCUAUUAGCUUAAAAUGGUAGGGGGCCUAAAGAAAUGUAUAGAAGUGUUUGGUUCAGGCCAAAAAGGCCAACAUGCCCCCCCCCCAUACUCCUGCUACAAGGAAAAGCCCCCAGUGAUUGCUUUAAAGUUUAAAAUCUUGCAUUGUGGCACUUUUGGACCUUAGAAUGGCCAUAAAUCAAUGAUGACUAGGAUAAAAGGUGAUGCUUGCUAAUUCCUGCAAUUGUCCUAGUAUUUCCUCUGAACCUUCUAAAACUACAAAUUAGAUCCAGAUAUCUUUGAGUGGAUGGAAAGCAGCCAGUAGCAUUAUUCCCCACAGAUACUUCCAUUAAAUCUUGUGGAAGUGUUCGUGCAGUGCUGUAACAUGUGGGCUCUCUGAAAGUUCUUGCUUCUUCAUUGCAUGACUUCAAUAUUAUUUCAGAUUUACUUUCGCUUUCUGGUAUAAUUCUCUAUUGCAGCAGUUCCCGCACUGUAUUCAUGGACCACUUAAAAGGAUCUUGGAAGGUCACUUGAGAAGCUGUUUUGGUUCCAUGUAUCAAAACACAGACUUAACUUCUGUCUUAUCCUUGGCUUUCUGCCCACUGGCCCAAAAGCAUGGCAACCCUUUCCUUUUAUGCAACCCAGAAUAUUUUGCCAUUUUGAAAAAAAAGAUUUGAAGUAAGAAUACAAAUAUUUAGGGUUCAUCUGAAACUAUACUAUGCAGAUGGACAUAAAUGAGGGGAAAGAUGGAGUGUUCAGAUUGUCCAUUCUGUAAUAUGGAAACCCAUGAUGGUGGUGAUGGUGAUGAUGAUUUUAUAUGCUGUCCAUCUGACUAAGUUUUCCUUGCAAAUAUUCUUUGUGAACUUGUGAACUUAGUAUUGACUAAGUGGUUUGAGCUUGAUUGUCAGAGAAGUUUGUCAGGUUUCAUAUAGUUCUGUCAGUGAGCACACAUUGAUAAAACACUGUGAUCUCUGUGUGAAAGAAAUGUAGAGCUACAAGUGAAAGAGGUUCUAAUAGAUAUUAAAAUAUUGUGAUGCUGGACUGAACGGCAGUCAUGAUGACAUUGCAAAGGAACCUCCCAAUAUAAGUGUACACAGCUAGAAGCUUGAAUUGGAAAAGUGAUGUUGAAAGACUGUUCUCAACUAAUUCAUGAAUAAAUGUGUCCUUCUUGAAGAAAAACUCUUGGGAUUUGAUUUGGCAUUAAAAAUACAGGUGACCUUAAGGCCCUGGAGGAGAGAAAUAUUAUUUAGUUUCUUUUGGUGGUGGGGGGGGCGCAGGGUGAUGCAUUUGGAAGCCAAUCUCAUUAGAAAAAAUGUUUGCAAGUUUUACAGAGUAAGCUUCGAACCUGAGAUAACUGUAUUUGAGAAAACUUACAUAAGGGAUGUAUAUAUACUUUGUCCCAGGUCAUAGUGAAAACUUUGACCUGUUCUCAGAAAUAGGCUAGUAGCCAUUGAAGCUCUUGUAAGAGAGGAAUCACAUACAGUGGUACCUCAGGUUAAGUACUUAAUUCGUUCCGGAGGUCCGUUCUUAACCUGAAACUGCUCUUAACCUGAAGCACCACUUUAGCAAAUGGGGCCUCCUGCUGCUGCUGCGCUGCCGGAGAGCGAUUUCUGUUCUUAUCCUGAAGCAAAGUUCUUAACCUGAAGCACUAUUUUUGGGUUAGCGGAGUCUGUAACCUGAAGCGUAUGUAACCUGAGGUACCACUGUAUUCCUGGUCAAUAAUCUGGCUGCAGAUUCCUGAAGCAGCUAAACUUUCUAAGCACUUUUCGAAAGCAGCCUCAUACAGAGUGUGCUACAGAAGUCCAAGUGUGAUGUAAUUAUCACUUGUGCCUUGUGGUCAGCUCUCUGAAGUACAGUUUUAUAUGUUAUCAGGAUCCUGUAAAGCUGGAUAGCAGGAUGUGUUCUACAAAAAAUGUAUAACCUUAUUCCAGUUUUAAUGCAUUUAGUUUGUUUAUGGUGAGCAUAGAGUGGCCAUUGUAUGAAACUUGAAGCAGAGCUGAAUGCUCUGAAUGGAGCAUAAUGGGCUUCAAAAGGGAGCUGAAGUUUUCAUGGACAGAAGCUCCCCUUUGCUAUGUAAUACCAGAUAGCCAAUGAGAUUUGAAUGCAUGAUUAUGUCUGAAGCUAAAUCAGAGUGAGGGUGAUUCUUUCUGCCCUCACUCUCAUGUCUUUUGGGUAAAAAUAAAAGAGUGGUAUUCAGCCGGAAAGAAUAUGGUGGUGACCUGUUCAGAAUAUAAGGUCCACCACAGAGAAGCAUUUUAGGUUGUUGCAAAUGCCAGUUCUGUAUUUAAUUUUUUUACCUGUUUUUUAUUGUCAGUUUCUAUUAAGAUAUAAAAUUUUGUUGCACACCACCCUGGAAUCCAAAAAAGAUUGGAGGCUGUUGUUAAAUGCCAGAUCUGCCUAGAAUUAAACAUGUGUCAUUCACAAUCAGCAUUAUGUCUGAUUUUAAGGGAUUUUGGGGAAAGAGCAUGGUUCAGAACUUAGACAGAAUAGGGAUGUUGUUAGUAUACCAUAUCCACCAGGCUGCACUACAGUCUUCCUAAAUGAGCAAGUGAGGGUAGUCUAGGUUGUGGUGCUAGAUAACUUCUUCACGGUGGUGUUGGUGGACUUCAGUACCCAUUCUGGGACUACAUCAAAAAGGCUGGCUUGGGACUUCAUGAUCCCCAUGGGUCUGUCUUAGUUUAUUGAUCCAACAGAUCAAUAAGCUCGAUCUGGUCUUUGCCUUAGUUUGGAUUGGUAAUACUCUCCACUGUGAGUCUGUUGCCAUGAGUGGGUCAACAACAACAAAUAUUUAUUAUGGUCAUAGACCAGCAUAAGAAGGGAGGGGCAGGGGCGGAGGAAGGGGGCGGGUCACCUGGGUGUCACCACUGAGGGGGUGACAAAAUGCCGGGCGGCACUCGCCAUGGGGCCUGCAGCGUGCCCGAGCCACACAUCUCUCCUGGGAGUGACGUGGUGGCUUGAGCGCCCACAGGCUAUGUGCUGCCCCAAACUGUCCGCCUGCUGUCCCCCAAUCAGCUGCAGGACUGUAGGACAGCUGAGUGGGAGGAGACAGGCAGACUCCUCAGAGGCCCCAUGGAGUGUCCCGCCCUGGCUCACCCCCCCCUCCAUCAUGGGCAGCUGGCUCUGCCCCUGGGCACAGGGCACACACCCUGCCCCAGGUGCCAAAUCUACUUGCUCCGCCGCUGGGGAGGGGUACAAUAAUUUAAAAUCAAAAAACUUUUUUAAAAAACUAAAAGGAGUUAAAACAAAAAGUAUAUAUAAAAGUCUAUAAGAAUCCAAAAGAAGCUAAGAGAGUCUAAAAGAAGGGUUAAGAACAUUAGACAAGAGUGAAAAAGCGUAAAGGAUUAGCAUAUAUAAGACUAUAGCUAUCACAGCGCUCUAAUAUGAGUGCUCAUUAUAUUUAGUUUGUGAAUCGUUUCCUGGUGAGGUUUGGGCUGAAUAUGGUACUCCACUCUGCAGCAGUGGAGGAUCCAUGUAGAUGGUCCACCCACAGUGACUUUUGUAAUCUGAUGGGUAACUGAAUGCUGAGGGCUUUUCUGACUGAUAAGACUGGAGCUCCUGUCAAGGCUUUCAUCACACUGUGGAAUUGGAAGGUGCAUAGAGUCAUUGAUAUGAUCACUCCUGAGUGCCCUCGCCACUGCUGGGGAAGACAAAGCUCACCUUGGUACUCUGGUGACCUGUACGUUUUCAAAUGGGGUCAAUGGCUAGAGCACAGGUAGUGUAAAUCACGGUACUGAACAUGAUCCAACGCAGGUGAGGGUGCAUUACUUUGCCUACAACUUGUCAAUGACGGUGGUAAAGAAAAAUGACUUUUCUACCACUCUUGUGUCUGCAAAUAGCCAUCUGACAGAGCACUGUCUGUUCUAUCACUGGAUCAGUUUCAAAUAUUGCAGCCUGAGGUUGUGGACAAGCUGCUAUGAGAAGUGUGACUAACCACCUGCCUCCUUGGUCCUUGCCCAUCUUGGUUAGCUGGUGGGUAUUGACUGGGUGAUGAGGUGGAGACAUCACCCCUUUUUAUUAUUAUUACUAAGUAAUUUAUUAAUUGCCUUUUAAACUGCCAUCUCUAGAUGAUUUACACAUAAGAUAGGUAAAAACAGUUAAAAAUCCAAAAAACAUUUUAAACAAGACUAAAAUCCUAAUAAGUGGACACUCAUUGUAGAGACACAUUUAUCCAGCUGGGAAAGUCUGCAGAAACAAAAAUGUCUUUUAUCGCUUCUGGAAAUUGCAGAUAGUGGGCGCCUGUUAUAUUUCAACAGGAAUGCUAUUCCACAGAAUAGUGGCAGCCACACUAAAAGCUCUGUUCUGAGGGACUGCAGAGUGGGCUUCUGAGAUCUUUGGGAUUUGCGGCGAUCUGCUGGUUGUAUAAGAGAUAAGGCGGUCUCUCAAGUAACCUGAUCAUGAGAUGUGUAGGGCCUAACUGAACUUGUCCUGGUAGCAAACUAGCAGCCAGUGCAAAUCACACAAACAAUGUGUUAUAUGCUGGCAGUAGUUUGAUUAUCAGGGACCAUGCAGGCCCUGGAUUGGUCAGCCUUAAUGUUGAUGAGAACUGGAGUCCAACAACAUCUGGGUGGCCACAGUUUUGCCACCCUGCUUUAGACAGAGGGCUGCCCCCUGUAAAAUUGGGUACACAGCUACCCUAUUUUGCUUCCUUCGAAUUUAGCUUUGUAUGUCAAUUUUAAAUAUACUGUAACUAGUAUUCGGAUAAAAACUCCAACAAUGAAUACAGUCAUAUCCUGAAUAAAAAUACUCAAAAGAAUUGUUUAGGAACACUAUUCCUCUGUUGCAUAAUGCCUAUUGUUAGAAUAAAUCUUCAUAUUCUUCUAUUUCACACACACAAUUUAAUUUAUUGUAUAUGUCAUUUCCUAAAACAAAUAUACGAGAAUGCUAUAUAUAUAUAUAUAUAUAUAUAUAUAUAUGCAUAACGUUAUAUAUAUACACAGUGUGUGUAUAUAAACACAAAACAUUCUUACUAUUCACUUACUAUUAUCAGGUGUAAGUUGCAUUAAUUCUGUUGAAAUCAGUAGAGCUAAUUAGAUUUAUGUGGCUGCACGUAAACAUGCCCGAACACACACCCAGGUAUAUCAAUUUAACUACAUUGUAGCAUGGGCCUCAGGCUGUUUGUUUUGUCUAGCCAAUUUUAGUCAUUUAUAUUUUUAGAGUGAGUCCAAUAUACAGUGGUACCUCUAGUUAGGAAGUUAAUUCGUUCCAGAGGUCCGUUCUUAACCUGAAACUGUUCUUAACUAGAGGCAUGCUUUUGCUAAUGGGGCCUUUUGCUGCCGCUGCGUUGCUGGCACACGAUUUCUGUUCUCAUCCUGGGGCAAAGUUCUCAACUCGAGGUAACUCUUCCAGGUUAGUGGAGUUUGUAACCUGAAGCGUUUGUAACCUGAGGCGUUUGUAACUCAAGGUACCACUGUAUACAUGAAACCACUUGGAGGGAAUCAAGCAUUCCAACUCUGUUAUUUGGGGUGGGGUGGGGGAUUAAACUACAAGUUGUGUGCCUUCACCAUUUGUAUUUAUUUACAUCCCAAAGGAGCUGCUAAUUUCUUUUUGUGGUUUCCUUUGUAAAAAAACAAUAUGGUGCAUUGUAAUAAAUUUAUCAUAUGAAAUUUAAGAUAGAAUCAAAGAAUUGUAGAGUUGGGUGGGGCUGCAGGGGUUAUCUAGUCUACCCUCUGCAAUGCAGGGAUCUUAACCCAGCAUGGGGCUCAAACCCAUGACCCUGAGAUUAAGAGUCUCAUGCUCUGCAUGCAGAACAUGCAGGUUUCGGGACACCACAUGUUGCCACUAUGGGAAGACUGGGCACGUUGGUCGAGUCUGCUGCUCUAAGACUUCCGGAGCACGACCCACGCAACAUGUCCACGAGGUCUACAUAGAGGAGGAGUUACAGUCCACCUCUCCAGCCAGAGUACUUCAACUUCCAUCCCCAGGGUCCAAUAAGCUUAGGGUACAACUCAAGAUAGAGGGAACCCCAUGCACUAUGGAGUUGGAUACCGGCUCAUCCUACUCCAUAAUAUCUGCUAAGACUCUGAAAGAGCUUUGCCCUAAUGGUGGUCCUCCUCUCCGCCGGGCCCCCCUAGUGCUGUGGGAAUUCCAGAGAAAAAGAAUCCAACUAAAGGGUAUGGGCACCUUCAAGGUCCAGUUUAAAAAGUACACCAAGAAUUUGAACCUCAUCAUAACUGAAGGCCCAUUCACUAGCCUUCUAGGCCUAGUAUGGUUCGGGCCAUUAGGCUUAGGUAUUUCAGGGCUUAAUCAGAUUUCCCCAGGGGCAGAUUUUGAAUCAAUCUGCCAGGAGUUUCCAUCAGUCUUGGGCCUGUACAACGGACCCCCGAUUUCCCUAUGGGUUAACCCCAUGGUACAACCCAUUCGGGUCAAGACCCGUAGAGUUCCAUUUGCACUUAAACCCAAGAUCGAUGAGGAGCUUGAUUGCUUAGUCGCCCAAAGGGUCUUAGAGCUGGUAGCUUUGGGAACCUGGGAAACCCCAAUCGUCACACCGGUUAAGCCGGACAGCUCAGUCUGUAUCUGUGGCGAUUACAAAUGCACCCUGAACCGGGCCUUACAGGACCACACGUACCUGGUUCCAGUGGUGAGCCACAUGUUAGCAACCCAGGCUGGAGCCAAGAUCUUCGGGAAGCUGGAUUUAGCAUAAGCUUAUCAGCAGCUAACCGUUGACGAGGCCAUCGCAGACGCCCAGACAAUCGUGACUCAUAGAGGUGCUUUGAUGGUCAAACGCCUACAGUUUGGAGUUAGCGUGGCCCCAGGGUUAUUUCAGAGCCUAAUGGACCGUCUCCUUAAAGGCAUCCCUGGAGUCACACCGUUUUUCGACGAUGUGCUGAUCGCUGCAUCAUCAAGAGAGGACUUUUCCACCAGACUAUGGAUAGUGCUCCAACACUUCCAGAUGGCAGGACUUAAGGUAAAACAGAAAAAGUGCCUGUUGGGACACAAUUUCACACAAUUCACCACCAAAUAGUUCAAUCACAUGAAAAAACUGCACCACACAAGUGUCUGCCUGUUUGAACUACUUCAUUAAAAUGGCUUAGCUUGGGGGUCCCAGUCCCUAGUAAAGUGGCCACCUCUAGUCUGCCGCUGUAUGAAAGAGUUGGGAAAAUAAAAUUUAUCUUUAACCCAGAAAUGCUGAUAUUGGUAGCCAGAAUUCAUUUUAAGGAUUUGCUACCAAGAUAAAAAUAUUUUAGAAAAUACUCAACUGUGAGUACGUAAUUUGCAAAACUUGAAUGUGGAGGAAACUAAAACUCUCAGGAAACAGCAGCUUGAACUAGAAGUGACAGCUGCAUUUUCACCCUCUUAAAAGUAUAACUAUAUAUUUCAGAUUAUUUCAGUUUCCAGAAGGAGAGAUUCUGAUUUUGACAAAACAAGGGAUGAUUUGUGCCAUUAUAUGUAGAUUCUGCAGGCAUUGAAGCUGAUCUUCACUGUUGGUUGAGUUUAUUUAAAGAGCUUUUCUAGUCACCUUUGAUCCUUAGUGAUUUCUCCAGAUGCACAGAAGUGAACAAUGUAAAAAUCUUGCUGCUUCAGCAGAACAAAAUCCAGCUGGCAGGGAAGUGAAUCUGCAAGUCAUUGGUUACAGCUGUGUUUCGAUUUAUGUGAUGGUUGAAAAAAUAAAUUACCAGAUUAAAUGGCUAAAAGAGGACUCUUUGUUUAGCCCUUGUGUAGGGAAUGAAAGUGUUUAUAGUGCUGUUUUAUACACAGCCGUUGCAAAGUAAGCUGGACAAAUAGGCUUAUUCAAAACUUCCCUAAAAUGUUGUACAUUCAGUUUUAUUUCUUCACAAGAAACUGCAUGCUUUAGAAUACUGUUGUCAGCCUGCAAAUGUUUAAAAGGUCUUCUGCCUUUGAGAGUGUCAGCUGACUUUCUGUCUUUUUGGACUUUGUAGUUUAUCAGUGGGAGAGGAGACCAUUUCUGCCAGUUUAACUCUUAAGUGUGCCAAAUGCAUCUUUGACAUACCUAGAGUUAUAGGCUGAAGCUAUGUCAAACUGAUACCCUUCUAAUGGCUUUAUGUUCAAGAUUUGUGUUCCAUUUGUUCUUUUUUAUAUACAAGUAUUGUAGCAGCUGUAGACCUGAUACAUUCCAGUGUGUUCACUAAUGUGCACCUUGUGCCAGGAAAUAAUGUUGAGCGUCAUGUUUUUAUAUUACAAGUUAAUGUGUGUCUACAUGGCUAUGUAAAGGCACCAUCCCGAAAAAAACCUACAAUGGAAGGCUGAAGCCAGUGGCAACUUUAUAGGGCGCGGCUUUGUAAUUUGACUAUGAAAUCUUGGCUCUGAUUAACUUGGGGUCAUCAUGCCAUUUACUGAACUAGAAUCUCAUCCAUUAUUAUAUAUACAGUUAUACUAACUGCUUAUAUUCUUUUGAAAACUAAUUACCCAAGCAGCAUAUUGAGAAAGCAGUAUACAGUGCUACCUUGGGUUACAUACGCUUCAGGUUACAUACGCUUCAGGUUACAGACUCCGCUAACCCAGAAAUAGUGCCUCAGGUUAAGAACUUUGCUUCAGGAUAAGAACAGAAAUCGUGCUCCGGUGGCAGCAGGAGGCGGCAUUAGCUAAAGUGGUGCUUCAGGUUAAGAACAGUUUCAGGUUAAGAACGGAUCUCCGGAAUGAAUUAAGUACUUAACCCAAGGUACCACUUUAUUUACCCUCCUGGAACACCCUUCCUACCUCCAAAACAGUUACCUUUAAACGUGUACUGUCUCACAAAUUAAAACAUUUCAUAAUGCUAUAAAUAUGCAUUUAACUUAAUUAUGAGUGUGGAAAAAAUGCACUGAAAAGGGUGUGCAUAAUUUGAAGCCUUGUAGUUCUUAUUGCAACAGAUGUGGAAUACAGCAGAUUUUGUUUCCUCUAAUAAUCUGUUUGGUGCUGUUUUAUAACAAUUAUUACACGGAGACAAUUAGUUUCAUUUCACAGCGAUAAAACUGUCAGUGGCUGGGGGUUGAUUGGAUUUACAUUUGAACCAAUAAGGCAUAUUUCAAAAAUAAGUGCCCAAAUAAAUAUUGAAAACAAUGAUGGUAAUUGUAGGUUGCAACUGUUAUUCUAUCGAACCUAAUUACUUUUCAAAAUACAUUUUACACAGCUCUUUUCCAAAGGCUAUCUUUUAUCCUUCACUGACUCCUGCAAAAUGCUGAUGUUAAGGAGAGUUAAAUACCAGCACAAGAGCUCUGUUCCAAGUCAAAAAUGAAAUCCAGCGUGCUGGCCAAGUUCCAUUGUAAACCACCCUAAGAAAGACCAGAGAAGCGCUUACAAUAUUGUUAAUGGAAUAUUUCCCCUUUUAUUUUCCUCAGUAGCAUUAUUGCAUUAAGAACCGUGUGACAGAAAACCAUGGAGAUGCAGAAUAAAUAACCAUAAUGUAUCAAAAGCAGACAAAGGUGUGAUUGAUCUGUCUGGAAUUGGCAGACUCUUUCGCUGUGUCAGGCUGUUUCUUUGAUCAAUGAAGGUAUAGCCUCUGACCCUUAAAAUCAAUGGAAUUGAUUGAAAGGGAAAAGAGAGUAAACCAUGAGAAUGCAGGAUGGGCUUUAACCUUCACUGUGUAGAAAGGUUUGAAAUAUUAAUUUUAUGCAUGUACUUAAUACCUAAAACAUUGUGUAUGAUUGUUUAAAGCAUUCCCUUGGUCUUAGUAAAGGAACUAGCCUUCUAACAAAGCCAUAGCUUGUGAUUACAAUCUUGAGUAUUUCCGCCCUUACAGAGCAUUGUUUGUAAAAUAUUUGUGCUUCUACCCUCACAAAUAAGAUGGCAUUUUGCUGCUUUUGGAGACGGAUCAUGCAGAUGUUUCUGAAUACAGAAACACCAUAAUCUCUUACCCUUCCUUUGUAAGCUUCUUGUGAGCAUACCUGUCUUCACUGCAGCACCAGCAAUACCAAAUAGUCCCUAUACAACCUCAUGCUUUUGAAUUUUGUAAGGAAGUGGAAACAAAUAAAUAAGAAAUAUACAAAGGUUAGAGAAACCUUUGUUCAAAACAUGUAAAAGAAGGAACCGUCUUUGCCUGACAACUUGCUGUACUACAUUCUCAGAAAAGACUGUAGCAGACAUUUUUAGUAUAUGAAAGUUAGAGCUUUUAAAGAGACAAAGGAAUAAUAAGGCAUUUUAUAAAUAUAUUCUACUGCUGAAAUUUAUGCAAUAGCAUUAUGAUCAGCAAUAAUUCAUUUCAAGUACAAAGUAAAUACUAAUGUUUUCCAUCCUCAUUAAACAAUCAAUUUCUUUAUUAUUGAUAUAGUGUAUCAUGUUUCUGUAUCAUGCCAUUUUUUCAGAUGAGAUUUAAAAUAACCAAAGAAGAAUAUAUAUAUGCAUUGAACAAUGAAAAGAGAAUACAUAAAAACAUUCAAAGCUAGCACACCAUUUCACCUCAAUAGAAUGUUGUUUAACAAAAGCAUUCAAGGUUGUCUUUUGGUUGGUUGAGAGAUUAAGAUUGUCACAAAUAAUGAUGGAUCCUUUAAUUUGCAUAUGUUGGUAUUAAACAAGAAUUAACACAGUGAUGUUUAAAGUAAUUUAGACUGCAUUUAUUUGAGCUGUGCUAAUUGAAAGAAAACAAAAGGAAAAAUGAAGUAAAACAGCUUCCUCUUGUGUGAAGAAUUUUCUUCCACACAUGUACAGGAGUCGUUAGAUCACUGAUAUACCUGUUUGAACAAUUGUUUUCUGUUAUGUUUCAUCUCCACAAUUUCACAUGACUUGAGUGUGUUGUGUGCAUGUUUAACCUGCAACGGUAAAGAUAGAAAAAUCAGAGAACACAAGAGAAGAAUAGGAGUAGGACAAAAGUGUCAACAUGGGCAAACUGAACAAAUUUCCCCCCUCAGUCAUCUCAAGCCAUGAUUCUUUCAAAGCAUGUAUUACCUUGUUCCGCAGAAUAAUGAUGCAUUUUAAGAACAGUUAGGCAACGAAUUAGCAUGCAGACACAUUCAAUGACUCACUCUUUCUAAAUUAUAAAUCUCUAUUUGAUCCUCAUAAAGGUAAGAUACUUAGUCGUCUUUUUAAAUUAAUAUUUGUUUCUACAUAGCUUCUUAAAAGCAGACUACAAAGGUAAAAUACUAUAUGUACUCAGUGUCUCUUGCCAUCAGUUUAUUUGUACUGGCCCUGCAUAAUUUCUACUAUAAAAGUCUUUCAAAGCAUACAUAUUCUCAAAAGCCAAAGAUCUCACAUUUAUAAUUUCCUUUCUAAAAAAACCCCCCAGUCUUCAGCUCCAAGAUAAUGCAUCUUUCUCAUGCUUUACUUUCUUUGCUAUGGUAUUUAUUUCUUCAAAACCGGGAAAGAAAGAAAAAAGAUAAUUGCACAUAACCUUCAAAUUUAAAGCCUAUCCCACCGUUUCAUGUAUUCGUGCACCUGACAGCCUUCUAUCUCGAGGUCUUUGUCACUCCUUCUUUCUAGACCCCCCAUUUCAAAGAAGAGAUGGAAUAUCACCUCUGUUUUGGUAGCUGCAGCAAUGGCUGCUCUCAUUUUGCCUCUUCAUGUGGAAACUGUGUGUUUCUAGUCUGGCAGCAAGUGCUGUCCCCUUGUGGAUGAUGAGAACAAUUUUGAGGCUUGCAUAUGUCAUGCUGUUCGACAAGCUGAAUGGUGUGCCUGUUAAGUUUUUCAUCAUCUUUAUGAAAUUCAUACUCAUCUCAUUGAAAUGCUAUUUCCCCCCCACCCCUUAACCUCUAAAGGACAGGACCAUAGAUUCAUUCUCUGUCUCCUACCAUUCUCAGUAGAUCUCUUGCAAGCAAGGAUAUGAAAUUGAACUCAUUUGCUAGUGGUCAUACGCUAGCAGUCAUGUUGUCAAUCUAGACUAAUUUGUAACUGCGAAACUGAAUGUGCUACUUGGUAAAUGAAUAUUUUCUAAACACACAGUUUUCUUAUUACCUUACAUGAACUCCACACACACACACCCCCGGCAUAGAAUAAUUACCACAGACAUUUGCACUUAUGUAAUCCUAUUUGCUGUCAAUAAAGCAAUAAAACAGUUUUCCAGCCAUGUUCCUAACCAUGUUUAUUUGUAAAUAAGUGCCAUUGAAAUCAUGAAUUUAAUCCCAAUAACUGUACAUAGGUUUGCAGCUUAUUUCAGGCAGUAUUGUCUGUAUUUAAGCCACAGCUCAAGAACACCAUGUCUAAGAAUAUGUAUGUAUGUAUAGAUACACACACAGAGAGAGACAGAGAGAGAGUGUGUGUGUAUCUUUAAAUCCUAUCACUUUGGUGCAAUUUAUUUCAGUUAGGCUGCAAUCCUAUCCAUACUUUCCUGGGCCUUAGCCCUUCAUGAUAUUAGCCACAAUCAAGGGGAAGGUAAGUUCAUUGAAACCCAAUGAGACAACCAUACAAUGGAAGGCUUCCAGUGCUAUUUUUCUAUUCAUUUCAGUGUCCACUGGCCAUUGCUACCCCAUAGGCCCAAUGCUUAGAUGUGAAAGGCCCGAAUCCAGGCUUAGAUAUGGUCAGUCAUGGCUGACUAUUGAUUCCAGCAUGUCUACACUAAACAUGUCUUAGUCUGGAGCUAACCCAUUGUCUUAUAUAGUCUGGAUCCAACCCAUUGUACCAGCAUCCUAGUGCAGGUAUGGUCUUAAAAUCAGUUCCAUUGCUUUGUGGAUGUAUAAGGGGGGUUUAAUUAAGAGGCUUGUGAAGGACAAGACAUAAUGAUGGAGGAAGUUGAGUUAAUAGAAAUAAUUUGUUCAAUGUACUGCAUAUGCACCACAAUCCCAUCUGAGAUUCGUUUUCCUCACUAAGAAUAUGACAACAUUUAUAUAGCAAAGGUAGAAAUGCAUGCGAGGAAUUUAUUUUUGUUUCUGUCCAAUAAUAUUACCCACAAUUACUUCCCACAACAUUAAAUGUGAUCAUGAAAUAUGGCCAUCAUGUGCUGAAUCUUCUGUAAUAUCUAAAGGUUCAUCUUUCCCCCUAGGGGUUCAUAACAUAAAAUAUACUUGCCAUGUAUGUACAAAGGGAACUGUAGGGUUUGUUUAUUUAUUUAUUUUCUUCUGAAAGGAAUAUUCAGUGAAAAACAAAUGCUGCUGUUAUUUACUAAAGUCUUUAAGCAGAGAUGCUGUGACUUAUGAACUGAACAGAUCCCCAAAUGGUCAAUGGUUGGAAAUAUAUUUUUCAAAUAAGUUGCUCAGUCAAACAGUUUUGGGUAGAACAUGUGGAUGUCCUUGUGUCAAAGUCCUGCACAAAGUGGGUGAAAGUUAGAGGGAAAUAUUAUUUUAUACAUGUUCAAUGGAGAGCAGUGACUGGCUCCAGUCUAAUUCUGCAAGUCCCUUCACAUUUGUAAUCUUCAAAGAAAUUGCUGUUUAAUGUUAGCAACAUUCUUUGAUCCAUCCUGGCUUUUCCACAGGCAUAAUCACAGUCAUAUCUAUAUAAAUGAAGAGACAUAUGGGAAAGAAGGUGUGUUAACUCAACAUUACUAGUUCACCACACUUUCAUGGCAACAUUAUUAACAAAACUUAAAAAAGAAAAAAGCCUGCUCGUGCUCCCCUUUAUAAAGUAAGGUGACUGAGCACUUAGGGAUGACCAAGGGUUAAUUAUUAGAAAACUGGAAUCGGGGAAAACCUUAAACCUGGGUCUGUGACAGCUGUAAUUGAGCUGAUUGAUUACGACAUCUCAGCUAUUGAUUUAAUCUAGUCUGCAUUCCCCACUGGCUCUAAAGGUGCCCCCAGAUGAAGUCCUGAGCACUUGAACCUGGAUAUUCUCCCAAGUCACAGCCCGGGUAUAAAAUUACAAAAUGUUUAGCCAUUUUCUUCCUUGUUUGCUUCAUGCUUUUUAUUCAAGCGCUUCUAAAUACUCUGUAGAUGAAUAUUUUUAACCGCUGAUGAGUUGAGAUAUCUUGUAGUUUGCAGGACGCACCACUCACUUGUAAACAUAGUAACCUGCCCUGCCCCUUGACAGCAAUGCAGCAGUUUACCAGGGUAAGAAAAGGGGCAGACCAAGGAUGCUGGAAGGAGCAACCAAAAAAGAAAGUAGUAAUAAAAGUAAAAUAAAAAAUAAUGAUGAUGAAUUCCAGCAAAAGUAGACCGACAAGCUCAAUUUGAUGCGUAUUACUCCAAGGAAGUCUCACUGUGUUCUGUGAGGUUUAUUCCUACCAAUGUGCCUAGGAAUAAGCCCCACUGUCACAUUAAGGCUUAAUUCUGAGUAAACAUCUAUAGGUUUGCAAUGGCCAAUCUAAUAUAUGCGCAGCUCUAGGAAGUCAGUAUAGGUCGCAGACAGUUGAUAGCAGUACAUAGUCACACUGUAGGUGUUGUCGGUUUUUUAAAAAUAAAAAAGGAAACCAGUUAAUUGAAUGCCAUAAUCCUGUCAUUUUGAUCAGUUUUCCAAAUCUGAUUUCAAUCCUUCAUUUGUUGAGCUAUGUCUGGUGUGGUUUCAUGCCUUGCAAAUUUUUGUGGUCUUGCCUGCCUUUUUGUCUGUUGUUGUUGUUGUUGCUGUUGUUGUUGUUGUUGUUGUUGUUGUUGUUGUUUUACCUCACCCAUCUGGCUGGGGUUUCCCAGCCACUCUGGGGAACUGCUUCUUAACUAUCUUUCUUGGGGUGGGGGUUAAAAGUGUUGAUGGUAUUAAUUGAUGCACAAUCUUCUUUAGGGGUCAUAUACUAACGCUUGCUUCUUUUCUCUGUUGUAGUUUUUCGUAUUUUAAUAUGAAUGUUGUGCAGAUUGAGGCCCUUCAUGCUGCCUGUCCACUUAGCUUGCCCAGUCCCUACUUUAGUUGGCACUGCAUGCUGGGAUCUGCCUGUUUGCUGAAAGCUGAGAGACUUUUUCCUCUUGGGGACAGAGUACUGUACUCUGUUUCUUACAUGAAUUCUGUACUUUAAAUCAUAUUGACAUAGUGUUCCUUUUUCACAGAACUAAGUGCACAACACAUAUUUAAAAUUUACCAAGUGUUAAGACAGAGCAAGUCAAAGCACAUUAAAUAACUGCAUUAUGAAACUAGCAUGGCACACAUUUUCUGCAUCUAAGCUAGUAAACCUUUUGCUGAGAUUUACAGAAUAUCUGUGGUCAAAUAGCUCCAUAUGUAUGUUGAUAGAUAUACAAUGAUAAAUAAUGCUCGAAUAAAAAAAGCCUGCACCAUUGUAGUGCUUUUGUGCAAUACAGUAUAGCUGUUAUUCUUUUGUUCUCUUUCUCCCUCGCUCCCUCCCUCUCUCACACAUACACACACAGAGGCAGACACUCAGUCACUUUGUUUUUUGAAGUCUAGAACUGCCCCUUCCUAUUACAGAUUUUAAACCCAGAAGCUUUCUGCUUUAUCAUCAUAUUAGUGACUCGGAAUCAGGCAGUAAUUUGGAGGGGCGGGGGAAUAAAUCACCAUUCCUAUUAGGUGACAGCCUGACUCGUUUUUUUCUAUUUUUUAAAUGCAGAGAUUCUCAUUAGGAUGAAAAUUAUUAAUUUUCAUUAGUUUUGUUUAAAAUACCGAGAUGAAACGUUGCAACCUUGUAGCUUGGAAGAGAGGUGAUGUGCACACUGGAAGAAUCGUUUCCACUCAUGAAUUCAGCACAGGGGAAAGGCGGCGGGUGGGGUGGGGAGAGAAUGAAGGCGUAGAAUAAAUUCUAAGUCUGUUAAAGAAUUGCUGGCAUUAUUUCUCCUUACAUCACGUGUGUGUGUGUGAGCCGAGCUUGUCUGCUCUUCCUGAGGCAGAAGACCGAGGAUGAACGUCUGUGCACAGUCUGUUUCCACAACUGCAUUUGGAGAUCUGUCUUAUUGAUUAGGGGGGAGAAAGGGGUGGGAAUAGGACGGGGAGGGGAGGGGAGGACCGUCAGGCUCCUGGCUUAUUGCAGCUCAAGACAUUUUCUUCCGGAAAGAUGUCAAACAACUGAGAUACAGCUACAGAGGAAGUAGAAAGGUGGGAAAAAUAAGAAGAGGGACCUGUUUAGAAGAAAUGAAGGCAAAUCUUAUGAGUGUACUGGGGCUGCUGCUGCUGCUGCUUUUUCCCCCUUCUCCUCCUUCCUUCCUUCCUUCCUCUUGCAACAUCUGACCCGCAAGGCUGGAGUCACAGCGUCAUGCAAAUGUUGCAGCCCAGCAGGUCUGGCAGAGGGCGGAUGCUGGAGAGAGAGUUAAUGUAAAUGACGAGUGCAGGGAAAAAUCCAGCCGCUGCCACCCCCUCCACAUGCAGCCGCUCUGAGUCAGCAUCCGACGUUUCGCCUUGCCUUUGUGUGCGCGCGUGUGUGUGCGUGUUUUGUCUGUGCAGCUGCGUGUGCAUGUCUGUCUGAGUGUAUGUAAGUGAGCAUGUCCGUCUGAGUGUGUGUGUGUGUAUGUGUGCGCGCCCGCGCGCGCGCAUAUUCAUGGGAGGUAAAACCCAGUCAGUCAGUGAGAAGCAAAGGUACGUUGGAGAGCAGCUGAAAUCUGACUGAUUUCCAUCUACUGAGCAUCAGAUGUAUUCCCUAAGGAGGAUGGGUCUAUGUGAUGGGGGGGGGCGGUGUAAUUAUGUUAAUGUCAUAUUUACAGAGGGGCUAUAUUUUUCUUCCUAAUUUCUUGGUUUGGAAGCUAUGGUCAAAAAUUGCUUUGGAAAAUCAUCUUACAGUUCUAACAAAAAGCAUGAUAAUUAAUUUUUUGCCCAAAUGUCUAAAAAUUACAGGGCUUCUGGUGAUUUGUUUAACUCUUUCGUGCCUGAGGCAUAACAGUUCAAAGUCUACUGCAGAGCAAAUGACAAAGAAAGGGUUUGAUUGUGACAUGAUAUUCUUUCCUCGAUCAAAAUAUUUAAAGUACUCCAACAUGUACUGAAUCUAGAAGUGACAUUCCGUUAAAUGGGGUGAGGGGCAAGGGAUAAUGAAACUACCUAGGAAGGAGGGGGUGUCAAUUAAUAAAUAUUUUCUUCCAGUUAUUUUUUUGUGUGUAGUUUAUCAGCUUGUUCUGCAACUUGAGAUACUAAUUAUUUUGAUUACUGUUGUUUUCUCUCUCCACUUUCUUUUUCCCUUUAAAGCUGAGCUGCAUCAUGAAGAAAGACAGGAAUGAGUUAUAUACACCAGUCUCUGCCUCAGUGGCCAGGAUCUUUAUGGCUGCUGAUUCUUUGACUCUGGGUUCAUCUGCCGAACAUCAUGGAUCUGUUCCUAAAAGUAGACAUUUUCUUUUCCAUUCUACAAUUGAGACUCAGAUGCCGAAGGAGAGAGAGUGA